CGAUCGUAGAGUAAUUUUCAAAUAUUCAUCUUUGAUCAAUGCAAAUUUCUGCUUUCCUUUCUCGUAGCGCUUCCAUGAGCGACUCAGACAGUACACGUGUGACUUCCAUGUUCAGGAUUACAGCACAAACCACGUUGAGGAAAUUAAGUCUUUCAUCAUAGCCACGUUGAUGCCCUUGAAUGAAACUGGAUCUGAUGUGAUUCAAACUACAGCUCUGAUACUCAACCAAAUAUAUCCUCAAAAUUGUAUAGAGGACUUGACAAAGACACUCUACGGGAAUUACUUUUGGCCUGAAAGCACUGCUCAACAAACUCAGAUUAUGGAAUGCCAAAAGCCGAGCUCGCAGCGAGCCUCCAGGCUCUGCAAAUUACACCUCGAAAACGACACAACCAGCUGGGCCCAACCAGAUAUGAAAAAUUGCAGUCCGCUGAGCUCCAUUUCUGACCUUGAAAAUCUCAACGUCACGACUGAAAACGCUGCUGAAGUCGUGGAUGUAAUCCAGGCCCUGGUAAACACCACACUGAGCAACGCCACACAGCUUCCACCCUCCGAGCUCAACACGGUGGUGGAGAAACUCAAUCAGGUGGUAAACGUCACCACCGUAACGCCGGCACUCGGCGACAGCAUUGUUCACGUUUUCUCCGACAUCUUGAUUUCUGGCACGGACAUGGCCCCGGUUGCUGUCAGUGUCCUUAAUCUGACGGAUAAAAUGGGCAACAAGAUGGACUUUCCAAAUGAAUCGCUAAGUUUGACCGCCCCGUCAGUGGCUCUGUCCAUGAUCGACGUGAAUCGCGAGGGAUUCAACGGCCUCACCUUCAGAGUCGUCUCCAAGUCUUCGAUCCAGAACCCAAAUGUACUCAUCAACCAGAGUUACGAGGGCAAACCAAUUUCCGAGGCAAAUGCGACCAUAUCACUGCCCUCUACUCUUUACAACUUCCUUUCACCUGGACAGAGAAAUAAAACCCGGGUCCAGUUUCAAUUCUAUGGAACACAAGAUCUCUUCCAGGACCCCCAAACAGCCAAUGCAACUUCUCACAGCAACUUAAUGUUGAACUCUUAUAUAGUUUCCGCGAGCAUCAACGGCAGCCAGGUUAGCAACCUGAUCAAUGACGAAAGAGUGGUCAUCACGCUACGUCAUCACAAAGCCAAACAGGAUGACGACAAUGUGCAGUGUGUGUUUUGGGAUUUCCAAAAAAACGGUGGGCGGGGUGGAUGGAGCAACGUGGGUUGUGAAACCCGGCCUCUUUCGCCUUACCAGACCAUAUGUCUGUGUGAGCACCUCACACAUUUUGCUCUGCUGCUGGAUGUGUCCAGAGCUCCUAUCAGCGAGGCUGACAGUCACAUUUUAACCGUCAUCUCAUACAUUGGUUGCGGCAUAUCCGCCAUCUUUUUGGGAAUCACUCUCCUCACUUACCUUGCUUUUGAAAAGCUUCGCCGUGACUACCCGUCGAAAAUUCUCAUCAACCUGUCGGCCGCCUUGCUGGGACUGACUUUGCUUUUCCUACUGGACUCGUGGCUCUCGUCCUUUUCCGACUACAGCUUGUGCAUCGUCACCGCUGCGGCGCUACACUACUUCCUGCUGGCCUCCUUCACCUGGAUGGCCCUUGAGGCCGUCCAUAUGUACUUCGCUCUGGUCAAGGUGUUCAACACUUACGUGCCUGCCUACAUCCUUAAGUUCUGCGCUGUCGGCUGGGGUGUUCCUCUGGUCAUUGUCAGCUUGGUGUUGGCUAUAAAUAAAAACGCCUAUGGGAACAUUCAGCCACCUGCCGCGGACAACCAAUUCUGCUGGAUGAAGCCCAACGCCUACUUCUACGUGACGGUGGUGGCGUUCAUCCUGCUGGUCCUGCUGUGCAACGUGUCCGUCUUCGUGGUGGUUCUGCGUCAGAUCCGGAAGAUGUCCGCCAAAAAAAGGGUGUCGUCAACCAGCAGUCGUAGUGCCAUGAAGGACUUGAGGGCAGUGGCCAGUCUCACCGUUCUGCUGGGUCUCACCUGGGUCAUAGGCUUAGUCCCCUUUGGACAAGCCAGAGAGACCAUGAUGUACCUGUUUACCAUCUUCAACUCUUUGCAGGGGUUCUUUGUUUUCCUCUUCCACUGUCUGAUGAAAGAAAACGUGCAGAAACAAUGGAGAAUGUAUUUGUGCUGCGGCGCUUUAAGAUUCACCAAGCGUUCAGACUGGAGCGCGACAGCAGGUGGUCCGGGCAGGAAGGGGAAUCUCAUUAACUCCAGCUUCUCCGUCAACACCUCCUCGCUCACAAACACUUCGAAAACCGACAUUAGCACAGAAAACCACAAAGGGUCGUAAGCAGGCCGACCUCAUCCCUUAUUAUUCGAUUUCCAAUUGUUUAAAAAAUAUAUAUUCACUGACGCCAGACACACUCAACUUAAAACACUCGAAUGAUUAAAGGGAUAGAACAUUGCUAAUAUUUAGCUUGCCAAUAGUGUUUCUCAUGACGUGUUAGCAUUAGCAUUAGGCUAGCAGGCAUCAAAGCUAACUUAUGUGUUUUUUAUUAUUUUGUAUUACCGUAAUUUUCGGACUAUAAGUCGCACCGGAGUAUAAGUCACACCAGCCAUAAAAUGCCCAAAAAAGUGAAAAAAACAUAUAUAUAUGUAUAUAAGUCGCUCCUGAGUAUAAGUCGCCCCCCCCCCACCCAAACUAUGAAAAAACCCGCGACUUAUAGUCCGAAAAUUACGGUAGUUAUAAACUUCAAUUGGGAUUGCCGGGAAACUGUUUGGAUCGUCUUUUUUUGAAGAAUUGAAGAACUGACUUUUCCCUGAUUCUUGAAUGUUGUCAUAAAAAUUCAUUUAUUCUUGGCUAGCACACCUAGUCUCUGAUUAUUCUAAAAAAAAAAAUAUUCUAGACAGAUACAUGACUACCGGUAAUGAUCAGAUUCUUAUCCGACAUAUAUUUCCCCUGAAUUAAUGACAAAACGCAUUCCUUAAUUCCUUUCUGCCAUACUUUUUCCUUGACUCACACAAUUACUGUUCCCUGAUUCAUAUCGAACAUCAUUUUUACCUGAAUCUUAACUAACAAUCACAAUCCCCUAGCAACUCUUAUCUAAAGCCAUUUCCUCCUUAUUCUUGAUUAACAUAACUACUACUCUCAUCUGACAUUCUCUCCCUCUGAUGUCACCCUGUUGCAUCGAGUCUGUGAUUCUGGCUGAACUUGCUGGAUAACAUUCUGCUCAUAGCUAUGCACAAGGAGUCUCACACACCCUUUCACAAGCUUGCAUUUCCCAUCCCAUUGGUUAACGGGAAGGCAAGCUACGGAAUUUUCCCUGACAUUUGGGCAGCGGCUCAUGAAGGUAACACACAUCAACUUCGCAGUCAACGUAAACGUCGCACCUGGUAUUUGCCUUUGGUCAGUGCCGACUGACCCAUGGAGGAGGGCAUGGACAGUCCGGUGGCCGUCAAGGUGGAGGGCCACUCCCGCAGCGUGAUCCUCAGGUACUUCCGGGGCGACAUCGGCAGUAUGGUGGAUGCCCACUUCAGCCGCGCUCUCAGCAAGGACGCCAAGGACAACAUGCCGGCUGCCAAGGCCAAGAAAAUGCGUAAAAACAUCAAGUCAGAAGAGAGCAACACCUGCCACACCAACCUGGCCGAGCCUUUGCCUUUAGCAGGCCGCCACUUGGCUUUCGGCCCCGCCGACGACCACGCAGGGUCUUGGCACCCGUUCAUCGGCAGGACCGGGGAGACCUCUGGCUUGCCAUCCGCCGCGUAUUCGGUGGAAGACCUGAGCUUGACCGGGCAGCAGUACGCCUCAUCGCUGCUCAACCUCCUGCACAGCGACCGAUCCGAGAUGGGGCCCGGCGUGGCCUCCGGCUCCAAGGUGGAACAUCUGGCCAACUGGAUGGUGCCUCAAGGAUUUAGAGACUCUGUGGAGCCCGCUGGAGGCUUUGAGCCUGGUAAGCCCUCGUAUGCAAUACAGCAUGUGCCGUCAGGCUUCCUGGGAGGCUAUCAAACCUUCCAAAGUGGACAUAAUUAGGAGCAUCAUCGAAGUAAUGAUAUCAUUGUUGUGCUAAUAAACGAUUGUUCUUGAACCGCCGGUGCCCGCUGGUCCAUAAGAUUUAGCAUUGGGGUGAGAAAAUGAAUUUGCCAUUAAUUACGCUGUGUCAUUAUGAAUAAGUACAUAAUGGGGACUAAUGUGGCAAUAAAAGAAACAUAGUGAACCAA